AUGGUGCUCCACCCGCCUCCCGAUGGCAAGUGGGGAUGGAUGGUCGUCCUGGCGGGGUUUGUCCAAUCAGCCCUGGUCUUCGGUGUGAUCCGCUCUUUCGGGGUCUUCUUUGUGGAGUUCCUGGCUUACUUCAGGGAAUCCUCAAGCACCGUCUCCUGGGUUGUGUCCCUUGGAGUUGCCGUCCUGCAGUUUGCAAGCCCGCUGGGUAGCGCCCUUAGCGCCCGGUACGGGGGGCGCCCUGUGGUGAUGGUUGGAGGUUUCCUCGCCAGCCUGGGUUUGCUGCUGGCUUCAUUUUCCAUCAACGUCUCUCACCUUUACCUGAGCAUCGGCCUCAUCACAGGGCUAGGCUGGGCCUUGGUGUUCACUCCUUCCAUGGCCGCAGUGUCUCAUUAUUUCGAGAAGCGACGGACGCUGGCCACGGGCUUGGCCGUUUCCGGUGCAGGCGUCUCCUCGCUGGUCUUCUCCCCUCUCUUCCAGUACCUGGUCGACUUGUACGGAUGGCGAGGAGCGCUCAUGCUGGUCUCUGGGAUGUCCCUCAACCUGAUGGUGUCUGCUUCUCUGCUGCGGCCCUUGGAGGGAGACCCAACACCCAAAGACAAGGCCGGGGAUUCACAUUGGCUGGAGACGCUGGCCUCUCUCUUCACCCUGGAGCUGCUCUCUCACGGGCCCUUCAUGCGUUACGUCUUGGUUUUUGUCCUGGUAGAUGCUGGCUACUUCGUCCCCUAUGCCCACCUGGUGGCCCACGCGAGGGAAGUGGGAUGCAGUGAAUACGAAGCGGCCUUCAUCAUGUCUGUCGCCGCCAUCGCUGACAUGUGCGGCCGGAUUUUUGCUGGCUGGCUUGCAGAUUCCAGGUUCUCCUACCGCCUCGUCCACAAUCUGACCCUGUGGACAGUCUUAACAGGGAUCUCGCUCACUCUGGUGCCCCUGGGGCACAGCUACGCCUCCCUGAUGUCCCUCGGCAUUUGCUAUGGGUUCUUUGCUGGUGCCCUCGUCCCACUCCAGUUCACCAGCCUGGUGGAGAUUGUGGGUGCUGGAUACAUGCUUGGGGGUAUCGGUCUCAUGCACAUGUUGGAGAGCGUAGGGGCCUUGGUGGGGACCCCGCUUUCAGGCUGGCUAAGGGAUAUCACUGGGAAUUACACUGUCUCCUUCCUCAUGGCUGGAGUUUUCCUCCUGGCUGGCAGCUCAAUCCUUCUGACAUUGCCAAACUACUUCUCUUGCUCGCAGCCAUCGCAAACCAGGACCAACAGCACAACAGAGCCUCCCGACCCUGAGGCCUUGGAAUUAAGGGGGUUGCCCCAACAAGGCAGAGACCAUUUCCAGCCUGAGGCAGAGACUGGUUAG